AUGCCUAAAACUUUAAAGAGAAAAAAUAAUGCUAUUAAUUCAAAUACUGAUGAAACAUAUUUCAGUUUAAAUCACGAAACGAAUAAUUUUACCAUCGAUGUCAAACCGUCAUUUCCUCCCAAUUUAACAGCAAAUGAUCUCAUCAAAAAUUCUAAUAAAUUUAAAACAUCAAACAAAAAUAGAGCAAAAGCAUUUCCAAACGCUUUUAUCGCGUACAGAACGGCGUUAACUAAAGAAUAUAAUAAUAAAAACAUUAAGUUACCACAUAUGAGCCAACUUUCUAAGAUCGCAACAAGGUCUUGGGACAAAGACUCACAAGAUAUCAAAGAUUUUUACAAUAAGCUAGUUGAGGAUGCUAAAUCUUUGUAUAAGCAAAACAACGUUCAAAUCGUAUUUGAUAAGCAUAUGAAUGAAGUUGAAAACAAUCAGAAAAGCGCAGAAUCGGACUACGCCAAAAGAGACAUUGAGAUUUUUCCUUUUGAAAAUACAACCUUUACACAAAAUUCAGCAAGUGGCUUUCUCCCUACUCAGGAAUCCACCAUCGAUGUCCAUUCCUUCCAUUAUAAUAACGUUAAUUUUCCGAAUAGAAGUUCUACUUAUGGUCCACCAGUUAAUUACCCUCUCAAUUACGCUUCUGAAGUUCCAUAUGCAAUGAAUACAACGAGUAACGAUCGAGAAGAAUAUAUUAGAAUUUUGGAACAAACGAUUUAUUAUUUACUUUUAUCCUAA